AUGAUCAUGAGCUCUUAUUUGAUGGACUCUAACUACAUCGAUCCGAAAUUCCCUCCAUGCGAGGAAUAUUCGCAGAAUAAUUACAUCCCCGAGCCCGGCGCCGAGUUCUACGGGCGGAGGGAGCCCGGCUUCCCGCAGCAGCACGCCGAGAUUUUCGGGGGGACCCGCGGGGCUUUCCCCGAGCGCCCCUUCGGCUGCGGGGGGCUCCGCGGAGCGGGGGGAGGAGGAGGAGGAGGAGGGAGGCAGCACCUGGCGGAGAAGCCGCAGCUCUGCGAGCCCCCGGGGCCGGCGCCGUGCGGGGAGCCCGAGGGGCAGCGAGGGGCGGCGGGGAAGGCGCCGGUGGUCUACCCCUGGAUGAAGAAAAUCCACGUCAGCACCGUGAACCCCAACUUCUCGGGGGGCGAGCCCAAGCGCUCCCGCACGGCGUACACGCGGCAGCAGGUGCUGGAGCUGGAGAAGGAGUUCCACUACAACCGCUACCUGACCCGGCGGCGCCGCAUCGAGAUCGCGCACGCCCUGAGCCUGAGCGAGCGCCAGAUCAAGAUCUGGUUCCAGAACCGCCGCAUGAAGUGGAAAAAAGAUCACAAAUUGCCCAACACCAAAACCCGCGCGGCGCCCGCGCCCGCCGAGCCCGCGGAGCGCGCCGAGGACAUCACCAGGUUGUAACGGGAGCGCGCGGGGAGCCGGGGGUGACGGGGGAAAUCGGGAAUUCGGGUUUUGCUGCCCCGGUUAGAGCGGGAAACUCGAAAAAUUCGGGUUUUUCUGCCCGGGUUAUAAGGAAAAGUCGAAAAAUUCGGGUUUUUCUGCCCGGGUUAGAGCGGAAAGUCGGAUUUUUCUGCCCAAGUUAUAAGGAAAAAGUAGGAAAAAUCGGAUUUUUCUCCUCCGGUUAGAGCGGAAAAGUCGAAAAAUUCGGGUUUUUCUGCCUGGGUUAGAGAGGAAAUUCGGGAUUUUCUGCCCGGGUUGUAGCGGAAAUUCGGAAAAUUCGGAUUUUUCUGCCCAAGUUAUAAAGAAAAAGUAGGAAAAAUCGGAUUUUUCGGACCAGGUUACAGCAGAAAUUCGGAUUUUUCUGCCCAAGUUAUAAAGAAAAAGUAGGAAAAUUCGGAUUUUUCUGCCCAGGUUACAGCGAAAAAGUCUAAAAAUUCAGAUUUUUACUGCGCAAUGUGUAGUAAAAAUGUGAAAAAUUCAGAUUUUUCUGCCUGGAUGGAGCAGAAAUUUUGAUUUUUCUGCCCUGGUUGUAGCAAGAAUUCAGAUUUUUCUACCUGGGUUGUAGCAGAAAUUUGAAAAUUUGGGAUUUUUCUGCCCGGGGUGUAACAAAAAUUCGAAUUUUUCUGCCCAGGUUAUAGCGAAAAAUCCGGAUUUUCCCACCCAGGCCGUAUCCAGAAUCUGGGUUUCCGCACGGAUUGGGGAAUUCCAAAAAAUUCGGAUUUUUCCGCCUGAGAUGCAGCAAAAAUUGGGAUUUUUCUGUCCUGGUUGUAACGGGAAUUCCGGUUUUCUGCACAGGCUGGGACAGGAAAUUCGGAUUUUGAGGAAAAAUUCCGAUUUUCCACCCAGAUUAGAAGAGAAAUUCUGAUUUUUCGCCCAGGUUAUAACGAAAAUUCCGGAUUUCCCGCCCAGCUUUUGAGGAAAAAUGCGAAUUUCCCAAUUUCCCACCCCAAAAAUCCGCGCCGUGCGGGGACUCUGGCUUGGAUAGAUUCUAAUAUAUAAAUCUCUAUAUUUGGGGUUUUUGUGUUGUUUUGGGGGGUUUUGGCCUCGGGGGGCGAGGAAUUCUCCCUUGGUUGUUGGUAUUUUCUUGUUAUUAUUAUUAUUAUUAAUGUUAUUAUUUAAUUAAACCCUCUGCGGGUGUCAAAAAUCAGCUUUUUAAAAGGGUUGUUAUUAUUAUUAUUAUUAUUAUUAUUGUUAUUAUUAUUAUUAUUAUUAAUCCCCCUAUAUGUCAAAACUCCCCCUAAAUUCCCUCUAUUUUUUAAAUUUUAAAAUUAUUAUUUAUUAUUAUUAAUAUUUUUAUUAAUCCCCUGUGUGUGUCAAAGCUUGACCCCUCUUUCAAUUCUCCCAAUUAUUAUUAAUUAAUUAUUUUAAUUAUUAUUCUUUUAUUAAUCCCCUGUGCCUGUCAAAGCUUGACCCCUCUUUCAAUUCUCCCAAUUAUUAUUAAUUAAUUAUUUUAAUUAUUAUUCUUUUAUUAAUCCCCUGUGCCUGUCAAAGCUUGACCCCUCUUUCAAUUCUCCCAAUUAUUAUUAAUUAAUUAUUUUAAUUAUUAUUCUUUUAUUAAUCCCCUGUGCCUGUCAAAGCUUGACCCCUCUUUCAAUUCUCCCACUUAUUGUUAACAUUUAAUUACUUUAAUUAUUCUUUUAUUAAUCCCCUGUGCGUGCCAAAAACUCCACCCCGCUUUCAAUUCCCCCUGUUAUUUUUAUUAUUAAUAAUAUUUAAUUAUUGUAAUUAUUAUUUAAUUAACCCCCCCAUUUUAGCUGCAUGUCAGAGGUCGCAUGAGCCCAGGUGGCCGCACCUGGAGGAACUUUCCAAAAACGGGUUUUUCACCCCCUUUUUCAGGGUUUUAUUUAUUUUUUUUAUUGAUUUUUAAUUAAUUUUCUAUUUAUUUUCUAUUUAUUUUGGG